AUGACAAUUAAAGGUCAGACUUUGGCAGAUUUUAUAUCAGAAUUCUCCUAUCAACCAGAAGGGGAACUAAACCCGCCAUGGCCAAAUACCUUAAACGAAAUUGAGGAGCAAAAGCCAAAGCUUGAUGACCUAUGGCAGUGGACUUUGUAUGUGGAUGGUUCUUCAAACGAGAAAGGGGUAGGAGGAGGGCUCUUACUUGAAAGUCCCGAAGGAAACUCGAUAAGAGCCGUAAUAAGUUUCGGGUUUGCCGCCUCCAACAACGGGGCUGAGUAUGAGGCGUUGCUCAUAGGGAUCCACCUCACCAAGGAAAUAGGGGUCGAGUCCAUCAAAAUUUAUAGUGAUUCCCAACUUAUCCCAAGGGAGAAGAACUCGGUAGCUAAUGCUUUAGCCCGCCUGGCCUUUGCAAUGAACCAAGAGAAGGUUGAUUCCAUACCAGUUAAGUUCCUCCCAAGACCAAGCAUUUUUGCUCCAUAA